AUGGCUUCGAAACGUAUCUUGAAGGAGCUCAAGGAUUUGCAGAAGGAUCCUCCAACGUCAUGCAGUGCAGGUCCUGUGGCUGAGGACAUGUUUCACUGGCAAGCCACGAUCAUGGGACCGUCUGACAGUCCGUAUACAGGCGGUGUUUUCCUGGUUUCGAUACAUUUUCCACCUGACUAUCCUUUCAAGCCACCAAAGGUUGCUUUUAGGACCAAGGUAUUCCACCCAAACAUCAACAGCAACGGUAGCAUAUGUCUCGACAUUCUCAAAGAACAGUGGAGUCCAGCGCUAACCAUUUCCAAGGUCCUUUUGUCAAUUUGCUCAUUGUUGACGGACCCCAACCCUGACGAUCCACUUGUGCCUGAAAUUGCGCACAUGUACAAGACGGACAGGGCCAAGUAUGAGGCCACAGCCCGCAGCUGGACACAGAAGUAUGCCAUGGGAUGA